GACAAGUUUAGAGAAAGGGGUUUUUAUUUAUUUGUAUUUCUAUGGUGUUUUUUUCUUCUUGUAUAGAUCUCUCGGAUUCUGAAAUUAUAGUUUUUUGGUGUUGAAAAGAGGGGCUUUUUCUUUAACUACAAGAUUGAUUUUUAGUUAUUUGUUUAUUUAUUUAUUUUUCUCAAUCUCCAUGUCUUUCACCAAUAUCCGAAAAUUUUGUUCAUUGAUGGAAGAGCUUGGAUACCCAAGCAAGGUUUCCAUGGAGAGUUUCAAUAGUCCCAACUUCGAGUUAGUUGCUAAUAGCUUGCAUUGGCUCAUGUUGAGGUUUGAUCCUACAAUUGAUUUGGUAAAAGAUAUUUCCACAGAGGCUUCUCGUGUAAACUUUGUUAAAGCAGCGACAAAAUUGAUGCUUGCUAGGGCCAAAAUCAAGUUAAAUCCAAAAUUCGUAUAUUCUGCAGACGGGUAUGCUGUAAAAGAACUCUUAAAAAUUGCAACAAUUUUGAAGAUUGCAACCAAAAGAGCCAGCUCUGAUAAGGUUUAUAUAAGAAAUGACAACACAAAUGUGUUACCUUUUGCAAAACCUCACAAUGCCAAAGCUACUAGAACACUUGUGAAUGAAAUCACUAAGUGUGGAACAGCAUUGUAUGAUAUGCUGAAUGUAGAGCCCAAGUUUAAGGAGCAAAGAGACCAAAUUUUAAUGAAAAAUGUCAAUAUGGAUGAUAUAGAGUUCAAUAUUCGGCAAGCUAUAGAAUUAAUGCUAACUAGUAUAACCCAAGAGAAUCAAGAAUUAUGUUGUAAGGAAGACCGGGAAAAAAUAUUACACUCCAAAUGCGAGAAAUUGAAGUUGGAAUUGAAAAGAAGUGAAAAAAGGUUUUCAACUCUUCAAAAUGUCAAACCAACUUAUACAGAUCAAUAUGAUGAAAUGAAAUCAAAUUUGUGUAAUUUAUUCAAACAAUACAUUGAAAAGUUUCAAAAUUUAAAGUGGUUAGAGACAGAAGUGAGAAGGCAAAGUCAUGAUAAGCAAAUACAUUUGAAUGAAGAUGAUAGAUGUGUGUAUUCAUUGCAAAUGCCUUUUAAAAAUGAGGAUGAAAACUCGAAUAAUGAAUUAGAAAAAAACAUUCAAAAUUUGGAAAGUCUGGAUGAAAGUGCAAUCACAUGGAAUUGGCUCCCUGAGAGAAGUUUAACAAUAACAGAAGGAGAUAAUUUAGACAUUCCAAAUGAGACCGUAUAUAAAAGAACACCGAAAUUGUGUCAUCAGGAAACACCUUUAUCUGAAAGCAACUGGGAGGAUUACAAUUUGGGCAAGAAUGCACAAAAAAUGCCUUCCAGAAAGAGCAACAGUAGAUAUUUUGCAAAAGGACGUAGCAACGACUUCCAAUCAAUCAAACUCAGCUCUGUACCGAUAGAACCAACAAUUGAGGAAUAUACUAAAACCUCUGUUGGUGAUUAUGAAGAAUCCAAGUGCGGAGGAGAAGAAUCUGACGAUGAUUUAAUGGACAUUAAUGCUGCAAUUUGUGAUUAUGGGUUAGACAGUGACACGGGCUCUGACGACUUCUGAAUGGCAACUCACCAUCACAGAUAUAUUCCUACUUUAUCCAGUGAUUUUAUUAUGUAAAAAGGAAUUUUUCUAAAGACCCCACUUCAAAAAAUAUAAGAUGAUGAAGAAGAAGAAAUGUUACAAGAUUACGAACACAAGCUUUGGAAUUACACAAAUGAGGUCGCUGCAUAUUGAUGAAAUCAACAGCCUGAGUUUCUACCACUUUAGAACAUUUAUUCGG